AUGGUUAAUAUCAAGGUCAUAUUGCUCAGGAAGGUCGAGAGGUUCGGCUUCAACACUGCGGUCCCUGAGAUGCGCAUCCCAGUCGACGACGAUAGGAGAAACUAUGUUGAGUUUGUUUUGAACAAGUCUGAGCUAAAUGUGACAGCCUCGGCCCUCCCUCAUUUGAGCCGAGACAUGCUAGAUUUCCUCCGGAGGGCCUUCAUUGACAUGCCAUCUGAGUUGAACACGUACUAUGAUAUCGAGGCGGUGUAUAACUGUCUGAAGAGCGAGUAUGGGAUCAGGCAAGAGGAUGUGAUUCUGUAUGGUCAAUCGGUUGGGAGUGGGCCCACAUUACACCUGUCUUAUCGUUUCCCGAGGCGGAGAGCCAUAGUUCUUCAUAGCGCGAUCCUUUCGGGCAUAAGAGUUUUGUAUAAUGUUAAGUUGACCUUCUUUUCGACAUCUUCAAAGCAAAACAUUGACAAAAUACGAAAUGUCAGCUGCUCAGUUUUGGUCAUACAUGGAACAAAAGACGAGAUUGUCGACUUGUCUCACGGCAAGCGACUAUGGGAGCUAGCAAAGGAGAAAUACGAGCCAUUGUGGGUCCAAGGUGGGGGCCACUAUAAUCUCGAGACAUUCCCCGAGUACAUUAAGCACUUGAGGAAAUUCGUGACUUCAAUGGAAAACCUUUCGUUCUCCAAAAGACCCAAGCGCUUCUGCCUCCACCAUUACAGACUUCAAACACAACAAAUGUUUAAGAUUUGGACAAAGAUAACCUCUCAUUUAACGUUUGUAUUGUGA